AUGUUUGGUCCCGUGGAUCACCUGUUUAGGCGUAUUUGUGACCGACUGAAGUAUGGUAGAGAUGCCUUGAAGGCGAGACAUGUACAUCUUGAGAGCGAACUUAAACUGUUGACAGCACAGAUUGCGUGUGUAGACACUGGGGUCCAUGUAAAACUAGUUGCGUGUGCUAACAUAAAGCGAAACUUGGAAGAUCAGGUCACACUUGGACCGAUGAUGGUGGGAUUUGGUGACGCGCUUCGCUUGAUCCACACCGAGUCUGACUGUGCACAUGAUUCGUGUAUGGAGGUUGUAGUGACACCCCUAAACACACCUACACCAAUCCAACCAAAUACACCCUCACCUGUAUCACCAGCGUUGUUGGACGACGCCGUGACCGAACCAACAACUACAACAUCGUCAACACACUUACCAACAACAACCACGGCCACACCAAUACCCGAUACUCCACCACCCGAAACCGUAACGUUGGACGACGCUAUAACUGGAACAAAUCCUACGCUUACACCACGGAUACUAAAUGAAUCUACACUCUCGGGGCUGCCGGAUGAUACCGUAACCCGAAAGAGAAAGUAUACGUCGAGUUCCUCAGGUGAAUACAGACGAGUUGGUUCAAUUCGUGCAAGGGAAUAUCUGUUAAGCAACCCCAAGCGGCAUAACUGUAGUGACCUUGUGUCGUCGAUUGGUCUAAAUCGAACCUCGGGACAGUCGGUAGUAUAUAAACUCCAGAAGCUAAUCAUCGAAAAGCCCGGGCUCUUUUCGGGUUUAGACAUGAAACACGAAGCGGGUGAGCUGAAGAAGGAGAUAUCGGUGAUAAUUCGUGAAUAUUAUAACCCCCGUAUCGGGAAGUACAGCCUUGAACACAAGAGCCCACUCUGUAAAGCACUGUUUGUUAAAUUCCUAAUUCGAGACUGCAGUGGUGAUCUCAUGGAACUGAUGGCGUUUAAAACCCUGUUUGACGAGUGCUGGAACUCGACCUGUGCGCUAGCCGACAACAACCAAGUAGGAUAG